AAAGAAAAGAAAAGGGAAAUUGCAGUGAUCCAUUUACUUAUUUUGGGGGUGGUGGGGGCGGGGCGUGCCAAAACCCUACCCUAAAACACUUCGUAGGCGGAAACCACAUUAUAUAAAGCCGACUGCUCACUCAUACUGCCGACCUCAAGCUCUUUCACUUCAACCCUCACGCAUCCUCACUCACUCAUAAACCCUAAUUUUAUUCCUUUCUCCCCUAACUUCUGCCGAUAAAUUUCCAUUUGUUUAAACGAUGUCGGAUGAGGAGCGGGAGGAGAAGGAGUUGGAUCUCACCUCUCCUGAAGUCGUCACCAAAUACAAAUCCGCCGCUGAAAUUGUUAACAAGGCACUGCAAUUAGUGUUGUCUGAAUGCAGACCGAAGGCUAAGAUUGUUGACCUUUGCGAGAAAGGAGACUCUUUCAUAAGAGAACAAACUGCCAACAUGUACAAAAAUGUGAAAAAGAAGAUUGAAAAGGGUAUUGGUUUCCCAACCUGCAUAUCAGUCAACAAUACAGUUUGCCAUUUCUCCCCAUUGGCCAGUGAUGAGGCUGUUUUGGAAGAAGGAGAUAUAUUAAAAAUUGAUAUGGGAUGUCACAUUGAUGGCUUUAUAGCAGUAGUUGCACACACCCAUGUACUUCAGGAGGGACCAGUUACCGGCAGGGCAGCUGAUGUUAUUGCUGCUGCUAAUACUGCCGCAGAAGUUGCAUUGAGGCUUGUGAGGCCGGGGAAAAAGAACAAAGAUGUAUCGGAGGCAAUUCAGAAAGUUGCUGCAGCUUAUGACUGCAAGAUCGUUGAAGGAGUUUUGAGUCAUCAAAUGAAGCAAUAUGUGAUUGAUGGAAACAAGGUAGUUUUAAAUGUCUCAGGCCCUGAUACAAGAGUUGAUGAUGCAGAAUUUGAGGAGAAUGAGGUGUAUGCCAUUGACAUUGUAACAAGUACUGGUGAAGGCAAGCCAAGAUUGUUGGAUGAGAGGAAGACAACAAUAUAUAAAAGAGCCGUUGACAAGAAUUAUCAUCUAAAGAUGAAAGCUUCUCGGUUCAUCUUUAGUGAGAUUAGUCAGAAGUUCCCCAUCAUGCCUUUUUCAGCUAGGGCUUUGGAAGAGAAGCGUGCUCGUUUGGGUUUAGUAGAAUGUGUAAAUCAUGACCUUUUACAGCCAUAUCCCGUACUUCAUGAGAAGCCUGGUGAUCUGGUUGCUCACAUCAAGUUCACAGUUUUGCUAAUGCCAAAUGGGUCUGACCGUGUCACGUCUCAUCCGCUGCAGGAGCUGCAACCCACUAAAACAGUUGAUGACCCUGAGAUCAAAUCAUGGUUGGCAUUGGGGACAAAGACAAAGAAGAAGGGUGGUGGCAAGAAGAAGAAAGGAAAGAAAGGAGAUAAAACUGAGGAAGCAGCUGAUGUGCCUAUGGAUGAGGCAACCAAUGGUGCAGCUUCCUAAGUGAGUCCAGAAACACGAUAAAUCUGGAAGAUACAGCUCUGAUGCUGAGCCAUGGACGGCGCAGCAUACAACUCAACUUCACGAGAAAAAGAGGAAGGUCUUGUUUUCAUUUGUGCAUCUUAACCAUGAAAUGAAAUUUUGCCCCCCCCCCCGAUUGUAUUUGGUUUCUUUUUAGUCAUGAAUGUGAAUCUAAGUUGAGAUGCUUUGGAAUGUGUCUUUAUUUGUACACAGCUUCUCGACCUUGUUACUGUAUUUAUUUUGUUAUUUAGACAGAAAAAGAUAAUUCAUAGUUAUACCUCAAAUGAAGGUUGGAAUUACAAAUCAAAA